AUGAAGGGCGGCGCCAAGGUGGUCGUGGAGGCGCACCGCCACGAGGGCGUCUUCAUUGCGCGCGGCAAGGAGGACUCGCUCACGACGCGCAACCUCGCGCCCGGCGUGUCAGUCUACGGCGAGAAGCGCGUCUCGGUGGAGCAGCCCGAGGGGGAGAAGGUGGAGUACCGCGUGUGGAACCCCUUCAGGUCGAAGCUGGCCGCCGCCAUCCUCGCCGGCCUCGACAACAUCUACAUCAAGCCGGGGUCGAAGCUGCUCUACCUCGGAGGCGCGAGCGGCACAAGCGUGAGCCACUGCAGUGACCUGGUUGGCCCCGAGGGCGCCGUCUACGCAGUCGAGUUCAGCCACCGCAGCGGCCGCGACCUGGUCAACAUGGCCAAGCAGCGCCCCAACGUGAUCCCCAUCAUCGAGGACGCGCGGCACCCCCAGAAGUACCGCAUGCUGGUGCCCAUGGUGGACGUCGUGUUCGCUGACGUGGCGCAGCCCGACCAGGCCCGCAUCGUCGCCCUCAACGCGCAGCACUUCCUUAAGAACGGCGGCAACUUCGUGAUCAGCAUCAAGGCGUCCUGCAUCGACUCGACGGCGGCGCCGGAGGCGGUGUUUGCGCGCGAGGUGAAGAAGCUUCAGGAGGCGCAGCUCAAGCCUCGGGAGCAGGUGACCCUGGAGCCGUACGAGCGCGACCACGCAAUGGUCGUGGGCGUCUACCGCCCGCCACCAAAGGCAGCCAAGGCGUAG